AACGACUGUGUGAAUGCUGACAUUCGCCGGAUAUCGGUCAUUCACAGUAACAUAUAUACAGAUAAAAUAGUAUUACGUUCAAUAGAAGAAGCCAUUCAUGGAUUACAUUUUGCGGAAAAAUACAUGGUAACGUUUAUGAAGGAGCAAUGUUUAUUAUAUGUUACAAAGUAUAUAUCGUCAGAUACUGUUCUCGAAAUAUACGAAACAGCAGCCUUGCUUCAACAAAAUGAAUUAACAACGAAAUGUUGGAAUUACACAGUUAAUAACGAAUCAGAAAUUAUUAAGCACAAUAGCGUUAAAAAUGUGAAAUAUGAAACUAUUUUGAAGAUUGUAUCAGAAGAUAAUUUAACGUUGCAAUCGGAAUUAGAUAUGUAUAACGCCGUCAUAAAGUGGGGUAAAGAAAGAUUCCAAGAUCAAUCUCCCGAGGAUCUUCGAAAACACGUAGAGCCUUUGUUGCAACAGAUCAGAUUUUUAAGUAUGACUUCUACAGAGUUUGCGGAAUCUCCGUGCCAAGAUGGUAUUCUUACUGACGAUGAACAGACUGAUAUAUUUAGAGAAAUUGCUACGUCAAAGACUUACGAUAGUAACAAUAUACAGGACCAGUGGAGAAAACGGAGAGAAGCGGUUAAACAAUCUGUCAAUGUCAAAUCGAGAGAUGAAACUUUGACACAAACUCUCGUAUACAAUCGAAAUAGAUUAAGAAAUUGUGAAAAAGGAGAAGGUUCGGCGGUCAAAGAGACAUCGCGCUGGAUCGUUCGAAUUCUGAAAUGUCAUAAUAAAAGAAAUAAAAGGCUAAGUAACGAGCGUGGAGGUGUAGAUUCCAUCAACGUCUCCCUGUCGAGAGUCGAGAGACGGUGUAGGAUAGAUGUGUCAUCUUUGCCUCCAACAUCACCAACCACCUACAUACGAUCAGUCCCUAGGCUUUUCCUGAAGCGGGAUUAA